AUGGAAGGCUAUUCGGAAAAUCCGUUUGGGCAGAACUAUUCUACUGGCGGUGGAAACACGGGCGGUUUCUUCGGCGGCGCGAACGGCAGCCAGGAGGGGGGUCGUCGCGUCGGCACCAACUCGCUGCGCCCCGUGACGAUUCGCCAGGUGCUCAACGCGUCGCAGCCGCACUCGGAUGCGCCCUUUACCUUUGACGAUGCGGAGCUGAGCCAGGUGACGCUUGUCGCGUGGAUCCAAAACAUUGCGCGCAACGCGACCAAUGUCUCGUACACGCUCGACGACGGCACGGGCCAGCUCGACGUGCGCCAGUGGAUCGACAACUCGGCGGAUGAAGGCGCGAAGGUCGACGAGUUCCAAACAAACGAGUUUGUGCGCAUCCUCGGCGAGAUCAAGUCGUUCAACAACAAGCGCAGCGUGACGGCGGCGUCCAUCUCGCGUCUGGAGGACGGCAACGAGUACCUGUACCACCAGCUCGAAGUAAUCUACACGCACCUUCAGCUGACCAAGGGCGGCUCGUCGACCAAGCCCUCGGCCGGUGGCCACGAAGCGUCUGCGUACGACGACACGUCGGCCGCUGCGGCGGACAGCACGUCGACGGACCUGUCGCGCCUUGCGCCGCUCCAACGCCGUAUCUACCAGGCGAUCGCCGCCGAGGCGCCCGACUGGCCGGAAGGCGUGGACGUCGCGCAGAUCCUUGCGCGGAACAAGAGCACGGAUCCUGCGCAGGUGCAGUACGUGCUAUAA